AUGUCUGGCGACGGCAAGACCACUGGCGCAUAUCACAACGUCAAAGGCAACGUUAAAGAAACCGUAGGAAAUAUGACCGGUUCCCAUGAUAUGCAACGUCAAGGAUUAGAAGAGCAGGCGCGUGGGGAACACGAUUACGACGCUGCCCGCAUCAAAGGAUUCAACGAGGGUGCCAUGGAUAGCGCUCUUGGAAAAAAAGAAGCUCUAGUCGGUGCUGCUACGGGAGAUUCGUCUCAACAAGCGAAAGGCGGAUACAGGGAGGAGCAUGGUGAAAGGAAACGAGAUAUCAAUCGCCAUAUUGACUAG